AGUAUGGCCUACAGAUGCCUUCGAACGUUUUACAUAUUACUCCUACCACUUAUAAAAACGCCAGUGAGGAAAUUCAUCUUGAUUUUUUAUUUUUUGAUUUUAUUCUCAAUCAAAGAUUAUGUUAUUUCCAUCUGUCGAGCUCUAUUUUUUGCCUCAUUUUUACGUGUCCAGUAUCUCUCGAAACCAUUACUUCCGAGGGAGUUGAUACAACUUCAUAUGGUUUUCAAGCAUGGGCACCGAUCACCUUUCAGGAUAUACAAUACAGAUCCUAAUCCCAGGGAACUAUGGCCAGAAGGCUUGGGACAAGUUACACAACUUGGAAGGUUGCAGCUAUUUGUCCUGGGAAGACAUUUAAAGCAAAGGUACAAGCACUUCAUAACAAGUAAUCCCAACGAGAUUGAGAUGCAGAGCUCAGAUGCAUUCCGGUGCAUGAACAGUGCUUAUUGCUUCCUGGCCGGCCUGUACCCUCCCGAUGAAGAGAGAGAGUUCAUGUCGAACUUCCCCUGGCAGCCGAUUUUCGUUAACUACGUUCCAGAACCUGAUGAGAAAUAUUUACAGUCCAAUCCGAACUGUCCGAAAUAUGAAGCCUGCAAAGCUAGGGUGAGACAAUCCACAGAAGUUAGACAUUUUAAUAAUAAAUACAGAGAAUUUUUCGAAUAUUGGCACGUAGGAGCUGAUAAGGUCAUCAUAAACUUUGAUAAUGCCGGUGAUUUGUAUAAAACAUUGUCAGUGGAGAGUGACAGCAACCUUACCAUUCCUCGUUGGGCUUUGAAGUACUGGGACGAACUAGUACACAUGGCUGACGUCAGCUACUACUACCAUUUCAUGACCAAGCAACAACAAAGACUAAGAGGAGGUCCAAUACUUGGUUUAAUGCUCGAAAGAAUGAAAGACAGGAUUCAAGGAAAUAACAACCAGAUUAAAGUUUAUGGAUAUUCUGGGCAUGGCAGCAACAUUGCAGCCAUCCAGUGCACCCUGCUGUCAUACGACAUGAAACAUGCCCCUCACGCCGCCAUCAUCGUCCUGGAGUUGUACAGGGAGAUGAGGGGUGGCCACACCGUCAGAUUCCUGUACUACAACUCCAGCCAUCCCGAGAGACAGGUGGAAGAUCCCUUCGUCUUUGUCCUUCCUGGUUGUUCCGAGUUUUGUCCCGUAGAACUAUUUGAGGAGUUCCUCAGUGAUAUCGUGCCUGAAGACUGGGAUAGCGAAUGUGAAGAAGAUGAUGAUAAAGAAAAUGAUUUUGUACCGAUUCAGCAAGCAGCGUAUUUCCAAGAAAAACCGUGGGGAUCGUCAUCUGCUGGAACACUAAUGGCUGGUUUUACCUCGUCUUUCAUUCUUUUGAUAUUUACUGUAUUUUUAUAUAUGCAAUAAAAAUAAAGU